AUGAUUAGAAGACUUGUAGCUGAAUUCGUAGGCACCUUCUUUUUAGUUUUCGGUGUAGGUGUAAGUCAAGGCCAACCUUUCACUGUAGGAGGCACAUUAUGGGCUGCACAGAUUUUUACAGGGUUUUCUUCAGGUGGCCAGUUUAAUCCCGCUGUUACUUUAGCAAUAAUCACAAGGAAACAUAUUACAAAGACCCUUACGACGACUGAACUUAAAGAAUACAUGCUUUUUAUCGUAGCCCAAAUAACAGGAUCUAUCAUGGCAGCCCUUCUUUCUUGGGGUAUUGUGAGAUACGCUGCAUAUUUCGACGUCGCUCUCGGCUAUAAUAGGGGUGAAGCCUUUUUAGCUGAAUUUCUUUACACUACUUUACUCUGCGCAAAUGCAAUUAUGGCUGGUGUUUUGACUGAUUCAAAUUUAUUAGUCGGUGCUGCUGUAUCAAUGAGUGUUACUGCUGGCGAUUGGUCAGUUGGAAAUAUUUCUGGAGGAUGCUUUAACCCUGCAGUCGGCUUCGGUGUCAAUUUAAUCCAUUUAUUCAAGGACGGUGAUCAUUUUGGAAAUACCUGGAUUUAUAUAAUUGGACCACUUAUCGGAGGAAUUUUGGGAGGGUUAACUUCUACUAUUUUCAUUAAAGAGCUUCAAACCCAAAGAAGCAAGAUCGCUGAAGAAGCAGAUGUAGACCACCAGCAUUCAACUUAA